UCUGAUGUAUACAACAACUCCAUCGUUUUGACUGUUACCCGCUACAAGUGCGUGACCUGCGAUAAUUUCGAUCUGUGCCAAAAAUGCGAGAUGCUUGAGAAACAUCCACAACACUACAUGCUGAGGAUACCCAAAUCAAUUAAAUUUCAGUUAGCCGAUGACUUAAUAAAUAAAUGGCGCAACCUAUUUAAAACAGAACACAUCGUACCUGACUGUGAAACCUCUAGCGAUGACGAACCAGUCACUAAAUACAUCAGAAACUAUGACAGCGGCAUAGAUUUAACGGAUGAAGUUAAAAAUGAUAUACGCAACGAAGUCGCCAGAGCUUUAAAAGCCGUAGAUCAGAAAGUUGCUGUCCCUGUGCAGGCUGUACAAGAAAAAAAGCAGACUAGGAACCGCAGUGUGAUACCAAAGGUGGAACAUAAAAAGAUUGUGGAGGAAGAUGCUGUCGAAGUUGUUCCGUCGGAAGAAAAGAUUUUUCAAGAAGUCCAUAAAGCACCCUGUCAUGUAUGGAGUUUUUAUAUAAGUUUAUUACUUUUUAUAUUGUGA